UUUAUAUUUUCCACACAAUUUCUGUAUCUAUUCAAACACAUGGGACACUCAAACUUCUAUCAUUGUCCUGAAAUCCAAUUAUGGGGUACUGUAAUAAUUAUUACAGACAAACAAGAAUUUGACACCUCAGUUUGGCAGCUGUUUUUUCACUUGUAUACCUAAACCCUAAAAGUUAUUUCACAUGGAAAACUUCUUAUAUAUCAACUCAUAUUCAUCCCUUCAUCACUUCAUUUAUUUUAUUUUAUUUUUUGUUCUUCCAUUGAUUAAAUAUGAAAACUCCAUUCUACAUCUCGAUUUCCGUAAUCGCUUUCGUUCUCUCGAAGAUGAUCAUGGCGGUCUUGUGCUACCGUCGUUGGAAACGAAAUCAAUCGGUUUUUCGAGAAAGUUCUAAAGGUGGGAAAUUAGUAAUGUUUAGAUCACAAAGAAUCAAGUCGUUAAAGCCGAGUAUGUUCUUGAAGAAGACGAUGAAACUUAGCAACAAGGAUGUUAUAGGAUCGGGCGGUUAUGGGGUAGUGUACAAACUGGUGAUCGGUGACGGAAUAUCCUUUGCCGUUAAAAAACUUAACAGAAUAAGUGCGGAUCAAGAUCGAGGGUUUGAGCGAGAAUUGGAAGCUAUGGGAGAUAUUAAGCAUCGGAAUAUCGUAACUCUUCACGGAUAUUACACCGCUCCUCACUAUAAUCUUCUCGUUUACGAGCUCAUGUCUAACGGAAGUUUGGACGGGCUUCUUCAUGGAAAAUCUGUGAACAAGACAUUCCUCGAUUGGCCAUCGAGAUACAAAAUAGCAUUAGGGGCUGCAAGAGGAAUAUCAUACCUUCAUCACGAUUGUGUUCCUCACAUAAUACACAGAGAUAUUAAAUCGAGCAAUAUAUUAUUGGAUCGUAAUUUGGAAGCCCGCGUAUCUGAUUUUGGACUCGCAACAUUGAUGGAGCCGGAUAAAACCCACGUGUCCACAUUAGUUGCCGGAACAUUUGGGUACUUAGCUCCCGAAUAUUUCGAUACAGGAAAAGCAACGGCAAAAGGAGAUGUCUACAGCUUUGGGGUCGUGUUAUUGGAGCUUCUAACGGGGAAAAAACCAACGGAUGAAGCAUUCGUCGAGGAGGGAACUAAGCUGGUUACCUGGGUGAAGUCAGUCGUCGAAGAAAAGAGAGAAGAAUAUGUACUCGACAUAAGUUUGAACGAUUCUCCGAUAGACGAAAUCAACCAUGUAUUCAGUAUAGCACUUAUGUGUCUCGAGCCAGAGCCUACGAAAAGACCGACCAUGGCGGAAGUUGUGAAGAUGCUAGAGCAGAUAAGACCCGAAUUAUCGGAAAAUCGAACAAAUUGUACUUCAAGUUCUUAACAAAUAGGAAGAAAAAAAUGUGCACUUUAUGAUCGAUGCGCAGUCAUCUCAACAUACGAAAUAUGCAUAUUAACUCAACGAAUAACCGAAAAAUCCAUCA